AUCUGGUAUUUUAAAUUUGCAGUUUAAUUACUAUAAUAUAUUUCAUGCAUUGAUUUGUUGUUGAGUUAGUCUACUAAGUGACCACAUAUAUAGCAGGAAACAUUGUUUAGUUCAGGAGCAGGACUUUAUUUAAUAAGGAAGUGAGUGUAUCACGAUGGCCAGGAUUUUAUAAAUUCAUGGCUAGACAUGUAAUAAAUAGAUGAGAAUUGAUGUGUGGUCAGGACAGCUAGUUUUUACUCCCGCUGACUGAAGUUUUCACUGAUUCAGGCGUGCAGGAGGGAUUUGGACAUGGCUGUGUGUGAGACUCAGCUGAUGUUAAGUGUGGGACUGAUCGCUCUACUGACAGGUAAGUGUUUUGUUGAGAGGUUUUUAUUGCAUCAUUGAUCUAUCUCUUGCUUUCUCAGAGAAAGAUGUGAACGCGGAUACACUGUGGGUUUGGUGCUUCCCAUCAGUCAGUGCAGAACUGCGGGAAGUCCUCAUGCGGAAGUGCUGCCUGUCCCACGACUCUCCACACAUACACGCAUUUGUGUUCGGGCAGUACUGCCGAACCUGGUACUACAUCAGUACUGUAGAGGUGCAGGAACCCACCGCCCUUAAGAAGGUUACACAUUUGUCUAUAGUUAUUACCUCUAAGGAUUUUAACCCUGAAAAAUAUGCAGCAUUCAGUCGAGUUCUGUGUAGGAUGUACAUCAAACAUGGGAGUCCAGUGAGGAUGAUGGAGGGCUACAUCGCUGUGUUAACUAAGGGCAUUUGCCAAAGUGAUGAGAAUGGUUCUUUCUUUAUCAAGGAUUAUGACGUCAGAAAAGCCUACCUGGCUGGAUCCAUAAAAGAUGUGGUUUCUCAGUUUGGAAUGGAAACAAUCAUUCUGUAUACAGCACUGAUGUUAAAGAAAAGGAUUGUGGUUUACCACCCUCGUGUUGAGGCUCUGCUUGAGUUCACAAGAACACUUCCAGCCCUGACAUGGCACCGGAAAGACUGGUCCAUUCUGCACCCAUAUGUUCACCUGGAGGACAAAGAGUUGGACGACCUCAGAAAAUGUACAGGAUAUGUUGCAGGCUUUGUGGAUCCGGAGGUUGUCAACAGAGCGGAUCUGUUCGAUGUCUUUGUCAAUCUUCUUGACAGUGAGAUCACUAUAUCUCAAAGUUCCAAAGAUGCAAUGACUAUGGGAAAACUGCAUAAAGAGAUUGGUCACUUGAUUGUCCAGUCUGCAGAAGACACUGAUCGCACAGAUGUUCAGGUUAUCAAGGAUAUCUCAGUAAAGACCAAGGAAAUUAUCAGUAACUUGGUAGCCCUAGCAAAGGAAGAAAAAGGCACUAAAUUGACUUUGGAGACACUGAAGCAGCGUCACUUUCCUCCAGCAACCGAGAGCUUUCUCUUCCAUUUGGCAGCAGCCGAGCAGCUUCUCAAGAUCUGACCAAUCUGAACCCCUCAUUAACCAAUGAGAAGGAAAUGACAAUGUGACCACAUUAUUAAUGUAAACUUGUAAAUUCUAAAUUUGCAUAAAAAUAGUUUUAUACAGAUUUUAUGAUUCAUGUAUUAUGACAGUUUGUGCUACUUGAUAAAUUAGUUAGCUAUUCCAAUUCACGGAGCAAGACUAUUAUCUAUUCACCAUCUCUUAAUUAUGGUUGCCACAUUAACAGAUUAAUAUAAAAAGCUGCAUAAUUACACUAGCAUUUUAAGUCUGUUUUCCAUCUAUAAUGAAGUGUAAACAGCAUGUGCUGGUGUCUGACCCACAACAAAAACGUAAGGUUAAAAGUUUACAUACACUUAUAGGAGUAAUGGGAUUGUGGCAUGGUGCCUUAAUUUCUAUCUAGUUAACUCACUGUGCCCAUAUAAAAACAGAAGUUUAACUGCACCCAAUAAAAUAAUAAGUAUAUAUAAAAACCCAAAGAUAUUCAGAACAACUAAAACAGGUCUGCCCUAAAUUGAAAGCAAGCUUGACACUGCCAUGGGCUUUGCGCAGGAAGUCCUAACGUAACCUGUGGCCCACACACAUGGAGAUUCACCCUGCACUUCUCUACUUUGGCCCAAUUAUUAUAAUCCAUCAAUACAUGUGUGUGACCCGUGAGACCUUAUUUUUUGUUCACCAGCUAAGAGGCUGUUUUGCAAGAAAAAAAAGCUCCUGCUUUUUGUAACAUAUGAUCAGCAACAAAUUUCGCAUGAGUUUUAAGGUGCCAAUUUUGAAGCAAUAGCUUCAUAAAUAUUUAUUUAUUUGAGAUUGCUAAGGCCUCAGUGAAAUUUUGGGCUUACUCCUAUGGUCGUUUGGUGCAAUAAAGUUAUCUCCUUUCUCGGCUUUUGUGGAAGCUCCUUAUUUUGCACCAUGGUUGCAACAUACCUUGAACACUUGAAUCUCUAUAAUACAGCACAUUUGCUUAAUCAUUCAACUUAAAAUAGUAAAAUCUAAAAGCUGCAGGAGAAUUUAUCUUAAAUUUUUCUUUGGGUGGAUUGAAUAUUCCUGAUUUCAACUGCACAGGUGUUAAAACAUAAACUAAUCAGUUACUUUGGUGGCACUUGAAGCAUGAAAGUAUUACUGAUUGAUUUUUACAGUAUUUAAAAUAGAAAUGGUAAAGACUGAUGCAAUACCUGGUUCAAAAUCAUUAUUGUACAAGUGAAAAAAUAAGUGUUUCAAAUUGUAUCUGAAUUAUAUCUAAGUCAGGAUGUUGGUCAAUUUGAAUAAGGUGAUGAAUGCAGUAAAAUUAAUAAGUUAAUUGUCUGAUUUUUACAUAAAACUGUAAAAACAUCAGUGUUUCCAAAUCAUAGCAUCUGCAUAGGAUCUGUGUUCUGUGGCCAAUUUAUUGCUCUAUUUCAGUAACUCAUCUGAUGAAUGUGCUUGCAGAGUAUGUGCCAAUUCAAUUUUGUAUGUUGCUUUUUUUUUUUUACAUGUGAUUUUUUUUUUAAUAUAAUGGUGUUCUUACUAAUAAAUGUCAGAUUAUAUAUUAAUAAGUAUAUA